AUGGCCCCGAUUGAAGAUCCACUUCCAAUGCAAAAAAUACUAGAAGUCAAGAGAGGACCCAUAACCAGAACUUUGGGGGUCUUCGUAGAAUGGUUCGGCAUUGUAUCAUAUAUAUUGAUCAUUUUGGCCAUUCUGGGAAUCAUCUUCGGCGGAUUUUACGUUUACAAAAGAGGCAUGGAAAAGCGAAAACGACUCAAUCCCGAUUUGACCUUCGAUUCUGACGACGAUGAGUGA